GAUAUUGCCUGUCGGGACUCUUUCGAGGCCGCCAAUAGAACCGGUAUCGCCAACAUCACGGCAGGCAGGGACCGAGUCGGCUUUGAAUCAGGCGUCAAACCAUCGCAGCGCAGCCAUUACAAGCCAUAUCCGAUUUUUCAUCCAGGGCCGCUUAGUGCCUACUUGAGCAAAGUGCCUACGGAUGACAUCUACUCGUAUGAUGGCAUGGGAGAAUGGUUUAAAAUCUAUGAGCUGGGAUGGAACGAAAGUGUGCCAGAGAACGCAACACAGCAGUGGUAUCCGAUGAGAAAUACCUCCAUUGAAUGGACAAUACCUGCGACAACACCGCCAGGGCAAUAUCUGCUACGGAUUGAACAUAUAUUCCCACACAAAACAACCGAAGCUCUGCAACUAUACGUAAAUUGCGCACAGAUACAGAUAAAUGGGCCUGGUGGUGGU